GCUCAUCAUUCAUCUCGGGCUAACGGUGAUCUUAAUGACAUGAUUGAACAUUAUGAGGGGUUGGUCCUUGGUCGGGACAAGGAGAUUGACGCGUGGAAGAAAAAACUUUGUGCUCUUGAGGCUGAACUAAGCUCUUCUACCGGCUCCAAGCACGAUCUGGAGGACAAGGUCGACAAUCUAACAUCCGAGCUGGCAAAGAUAAAAAUGGAGUUGCAGGACCAGUACGACCAGAAUUUCAAACUCCAGGAUGAGCUUUCUGGUGUUCAGGGUAGGCUUCAUGAAUCCGAAUCAACCGCUGAUUCCCUGAACAACCAACUUAUUGAGUUUAACGCGAAGUACAAGGCGAUCGCCAAAUUGCGUGAUUCUGAGUUGGCGAAGUCGGUAUCGAAGGCCAGAAAGGAGGUUAAGGGACGCGGGAUGGAGUUGAUCCAAGGAGCCAUCCGCUUUAUUCAGACCGAGAAAGCUAAGUCAGAUCUGGAGUCAGACAUCAAGGAGCAUGAGAGCAAUCUGAUUUUGUUGGAUCAAAUCCAUGAAACAGAUUUCUCCAAGGAGCAAGAAAGGACCGAACUGUCGACUAAUCUUUCUGAAAAGCGGAGUCGCUUGGCAGCUCUUCCCACUUCGACCUUCAACCCGCAGGAUUUCGAGGAAUUCUUCACUGAAUCGCCUCCUAUAAGUGAAUCGGGUCUA